AUGGUACAUAUCUACCAAACAGAAGAAAAAUGUUUGACCUGUACAAGUGGUAUUUCAUAUGUGAAUUCCAGUGGUUUGUGUUCAUUGUGUGAUUGGACAUGUUCAACUUGCAACACCAAUGGUACUUGUAAUGGUUGUUCGACAAAUUAUGUUCCUUUUCCUGUUAACAACAGAACGUGUCAGUUGUGUCGAUCUUUUGAUCCAAAUUGUGAUGUUUGUGGAGACAACAAAAAUCGAGUUUGUACGUCUUGUGAUACAAAUUACUAUAUUAACGCGCAAAACACAUGUUCUCAAUGUGACACAACAUGCGCAUAUAACGGUUGCAAUAAAA